UGAAAUUAGCUCUCAAGCUUCAAAACUGAGAAAAACGGAAAAAAUACAAAAAUGGGUGAAGUGAUAUACAACAUAUACAAAGCAGUUACAUAUACACUCUCACCAUUCAUCAAUUUCCAUAUCCGCUUCCGCAAAUUCCGGGGCCUUGAACAUCCUCUGCGGUGGCCGGAGCGUCUCGGCCGGCCGUCUCUUCCUCGACCACCUGGCCGUCUUAUUUGGUUCCACGCUGUUUCCUUAGGUGAAGGAAUGUGUGUGGUUCCUGUGAUUAAGCGGUGUGUUGAACAAAGACCUGAUGUUACUGUUUUAAUGACUACAACUACUACUUCUGCAUUUGAAGUAAUAAAGACUUUGCUUCCUAGUGAUGUCAUAUAUCAGUUUGCUCCAGUUGAUACACCUGCAGCUGUGAAUUCUUUUCUUGGAUAUUGGAAGCCAUAUGCUCUUGUGUUAGUAGAGAGUGAACUAUGGCCAAAUCUUGUUCUUGGUGCCUCAGCAAACGGUGUUAUGCUAGCAUUAAUAAAUGCACGAAUGUCAAUAAAAUCAUUAAACAAUUGGUCAAAACCAGUAGUUCGGUUGCUUACUGCGCUGAUGCUUUCCAAAUUUUCAUUGAUACUCCCGUUGAGUAAUAUUCAGGCAAUUCAUUUUCAGCUGCUACAAGCCCCACCAUCUGUCAUUAACUUCUGUGGUGACUUAAAACUUGGUACUGAAGAGUUGUUCAAUGUAAGCAAAAUUAUGAGAAAUACAGAAGAUAUAAAAGAAAAAAUUGCAAAUAGAUGUGUUUGGAUGGCUUCAUCAAUACAUAAGGGUGAAGAAGAAGUAAUGUUAGGUGUUCACAGAGCCUUAAUGCAAAAGCACCCCAAUAUCCUUGCUAUCUUUGUGCCCCGUCAUCCAAAUAUCGGGCUGGAGAUUGCUCAUGACUUGAAGCAAAAAGGGAUUAAUGUGGCUCUGAGAUCCCGCAGCGAUUCACUCACAUCUGAAACAAGCAUAUAUAUGGUGGAUACAUUAGGUGAAUUGAGGCAAUUUUACAGUCUGACACCUAUAGCUGUAAUUGGAGGCUCAUUUUUACCUGGUUUAACUGGCCAUAAUAUUUCUGAGGCUGCUGCUGCUGGCUGUGCUGUUCUGACUGGUCAACAUGUUGGUCACUUCUCACAUAUGGUCAUGGCAAUGCAGCGAUUGAAUCCUUUAUCUAUAUUGCAGGUAGGUGGAGGUAUGGAACUUGAAGAGAUUUUGGACAAGCUCCUCAGUAAAUCUGAAGUUCUGGAAGCACGACGCAUGGCUGCAAAACAGGCAUUUCAUGCUCUGUCGAGUGGGGUUAUCGAAAAUGUUUGGACCCUUCUUCAACACCAUAUAUUUAGAAAUGCUAUCAUCAGAUGAGUAACAAUUUUGGGCUUUUGAAAAAAGGUGACAGUAAAUGGAGAUAGAUCUCAGUGAAUCCAAGGAGCAAUUAUAAAUUUAUAAUAGCUCGAUUAUUUACCCUUGUAUGUAUUAUAAGCCACCCUACUCUCAAGUCUCAAUAGCCAAGGAAGCGAUUCAUCUGGCUUCUUAUUAAACGCCAAAGACUAACAUGGCUUAAUUUACCUUUGUCACUUGAACUCACAACCUAUGGUUUGCUCUUUACCUGUUGGGCCAAAGACCUGUUGGUAUUUAAGAUUUAUAUC